CCCUUGCCCCCCCGCCCCUUUCACUCGCCAGGACGUGCUUCACUGCCUUCGAUCUAGGAUCUCUCACAUUGGACCCUGGCCCAGAUUUGACAUAUCAUUCUUGACCCAUCCCAUUACUCUGUCAUCAUGCAUUUGUUGCAUUCUGUGAUUGCUGUCGCCUCCCUGGCCCUGUUUGCCAAUGGACAGAACUCAUCCUACACUAUCAAUGUCGAUGACAUUCCAAUUGAUACGAGAACUCAAUGGUGUAAGGCUCAGACUUCAUCAUGCCCGCUCCUCUGUCUCCAAUUGCCUGGAACAACGAGCCAGCCAAAGGAGAAUACCUGCGACCCUAAAACAUUGCAAUAUGUCUGUGACUGCAGUAAUGGCCUAAGCCCGAACUCUUCACAAUAUUCUCAGACGAUCCCGUACUUCAUGUGCACAGAAGAGAACAAUGAGUGUGUCACCAACUGCAACGGCAAUUCCAUCUGCCAAUCGGAUUGUCGCAGCCAGCACCCUUGUGGUGCGCAGGACCCCAAGCGGGUGAAUAGCACUUCGACAUCAAGCUCAACUCCUGCUGCGACUGCUGCUUCCACCACAACCUCACUGGCACCCUUCACUGGUGUACCCGACGAGGGCGCAGCACCCCGAUCAUCGACAGACAUGACUCAGCUUUACGGUCUGGUGACUGUUGUGGGCGCAUUCCUGGCCGGAUUCUCAACCUUGAUCUAGAUUCAACCCGCGCCGCAGGGCUCCCUGCAAAUCCGCCGCCCCCGCCUGUCGCACUUCCGAUAAUCUUUCGAUUCUUGUCGGACAUCGGCUACCGCUUUUGCUUUGGUGUUUUCCUCGGUUCACGAUGCAGCGAUUUCUUCCUUUCUCUUGUGUAAUGGUUGUGCUACCGUUUAUGAGCUAUCCUCUUCCACGAUAAAACAAUGAUGACCAUUUAUUUUCGCUCCAAUCGAUUCCAGCGCAGGUCAAAAACCAUACUUCAGGAAUUGGACCUUUCAUUUUCAAAGACUCAAGAUGUCUAACAAGAUAGACUGGUUUAAUUCAAGGUUCACUUACGUCGAAUGCUUAUGCUUAAUUU